AUGGGGCUGAAUGCAUCGAGGGGUGCAUUCAUCGAACGGGUACACAAGGAACUGCUCGGUGAUGCUGUAGACCAGCUCAGCAUAACAUCCUUGCAUGCCAAGCUGGACAUCUUCGAAACCUAUUGGGAAAAGUUCGAGGCUACCCAUGAGAAGCUCGUCGGAGGGAGCUCUAAGGUUGAAAAUGUCCUGGAACUGGAGUAUUUUCGGAAGCACCUCUUCGACCGCACCAUUGUGCAUUAUCACGAGGCUAAGGGGAUUUUGACUCAGCUCAUUGACAGGAAGGGCGUGUCCACCAGCUCACGCCGCUCUGCUGCAGGAGGAACCGCUCAACCAUCAACGGCUAAAAGGUGCCUGCCAGAAGUUGCUCUCCCUAAAUAUUCUGGUGUAUUCUCGGAAUGGCGGUCCUUCCGAGAUUUGUUCAGCUCAUUGGUCGGCUCAAACCCAGAUAUUCCAAACGUGGAGAAGAUGCACUACUUGAGGACGAGCCUCAAGGACGAGCCAGCUCGCAUCAUCUCCAACAUCACCAUCUCGGAUGAUUCAUUUGCUUCAGCUUGGGAACUGCUCCUUACACGCUACGAAAAUAAGCGCCUCCUCGUCUCAGCGCAGCUCGACCGCCUACUCAACCCACCAGGCAUGACCGCUCACAGUGCCCGAGAGUUAAACACCCUGUUGACCACUGUCGCUGAAGCGUUGAACGCCCUGGAGGCAUUAGGGUCACCGACUGCUCAUUGGGACCAGGUCCUGGUCUAUGUGGUGUCCCAACGGCUCAGCUCGAAGCUCCGAGAGGCAUGGGAAGUGAAAGUCGGGUCGUCCACCGACUUCCCCAGCUUUUCAGCCUUCAAGGACUUCCUCACCGGGAGAGCUCGUGCCAUGGAGAGCAUGGAGAUCAAUACGCCCGCUCGCUCCACGGCUCAGGCUACGAAGCCCCCCACCGUCAGCUCCAGAAGGCCACCCUUGUCGGUCAAGCUGCAUCACGCGGCCGCUCCACAGCCACAACAGGCAAGGCCACCUCCCAGGAACACUUCAUCAGGGAAAGUGACCUACCCCUGCUCGAUGUGCCAGGCAGACCACUAUCUAUCAACCUGCACAUCAUUUCGUCAGCUCACGGGUCCAGCUCGUCGGGGGGUAGUUGAACAAUACUACCUCUGCUACAAUUGUCUCGGUCGCCACUCAGUCAAGGACUGCAGAUCGCAGACGAGAUGCCAGCUCUGUGGAGGUCUCCAUCACACGAUGCUACACUCCACCUCGACCACAGCUCCACCCAAGCCCAGUCACGGGCCACCUUCUAGGACCGCUCAAGGUACUGCCCAAGACCAGGCCGCACCACCAUCAGCUCGGCCAUCUGGGGUACCAAUGGUCACGUACACCUACGGGGAUGGGGUGACUACUAUUGCCGUUUCGUGCUCUGCUCGUCCGCUCGAUUCCGGAAUUCCUGGCUGCCGUCCUGGGGUACUUCUGGCCACGAGUUUAGCUUAUCUCGUGUGUCCAGAUGGGGCCGCUCACCGCAUUCGUCUGCUCAUCGACCCAGGAUCAGAAAUAUCUCUUUUUGGGGACCAGAUUGUGCGUCGUCUGGGACUUACCAGGUCCAAGACUUCACUACUCAUUUCCGGAAUCGGAAACUCGGCAUUUGGGCCGGCACUAGGCAAGGUACUGCUCAUCAUACAGUCCACUCACUCUUCAUUUCAGCUGAGAGUCACGGCUUACGCUCUCAGCCAGCUCACCCCGUCGUUACCGACGUUUACACCCGAACAGCUCAAGUGGGAUCAUCUUGAAGGGUUGCAACUCGCUGAUCCCAACUUCCUCGCACCAGCACCGAUUGACGUCCUACUUGGUGCUGACGUCUACGGCCAGCUCAUCCUGCCAGAGGUCAUCACGCAUGACCCAGAUUCACCAUCGGCUCAGCUCACUCGACUCGGAUGGGUCAUCUUCGGGCCGACUGAAGGUUCUGGGUCCAGGAAGAGGUUCCUGAGACCUAAGAGGUACAACUCACCGACGAGGAAGCUCAGUGCGAGGAGCACUUUCGGCGGACGCACACCAGGGACUGCUCCGGACGUUGCAUUGUACGGCUACCGCUCAAGGCUCCGCCCUCAGUGCUUGGGGAUUCACGAGCGUCCGCGCUCGCAUGCCUUCACCGACUGCUCAGGAAGUUCUCCCGUGAUGAAGGAUACCACCAACUCUACGCAAAAUUCCUCAUGGAAUACGAAGCCCUUGGCCACAUGCGGCGGGUCUCCGGACAGCUCACUCAGGCAGCUCAUCGACAGCGUAUGGGGGAGAGGGUUGAGGGUCCCGGAUAGCUCGUACUCCGCUCAGGCUGUCACUUCUCCAGAAUAUUUCUUCCCUCACCACGGUGUCGUCCGGACCAGCAGCGAGACGACGAAGCUCAGAGUUGUGUUCAACGGCUCCCAUGAGACCAGCUCGGGGCAGACGCUCAACGAGAUAAUGCAUAUUGGAGCCAAACUCUAG